AAGGUUUCUGCGGGUUUCAAGCAAACAUUCCGAGCAAAAUCCAAGCAAAUAUUUCUUCGCUUUAAUUUCCGGCGCGUGUUGUCAUGAUUAGCAAUUCAUUAUCAACGCGUAAUGCAAAAGGUUUCAAGUUAUGUUGACCGGGUAGAAUCGUUCUAAAAUGGGCCGGGGUCAAGAUAUUGGGAUUUUUGAAUGAUUUUGGGCCUGGGCUUCCGCUGCGCUGCCUAGGAAAACCAAGUCUGGGAUAUAUCUGCCAAAACUUCCACAAACAUGCUGAAAGCUCAAUAUCCAUUGCAAGCCCCCCAUCCAAAAGCCCUGUCUUUCUCAGCUGGUGACAGAUUUUUGCCACUGCACUCACCAAAUAGAGACAAGGAGUGGUGGCUUGUAUUGUCAAAAGAGGCAGAAGUGGGCUACAUUCCAAUGAACUAUGCAGCUUUUCUACCUGCAACAACGCGCGACAUCACGCAGUUCCUGCACACGGCCGGCGAGCGGCUGUCGGCGGGCCGGCUGCCAGCUGACCAGCGGGCGACGCAACUCAAGCGGCUAAACCAGCUGGCCGAGCGGUACCGCGCGCGAGACGGCAGCGGCGAGCGGCUCUUCCGGCUGGAGGAGCCGGCCGCGCGGCCCGUCUCUUCGCUCUCGCUGUUCCCCGAGGGCGAGCCAUCGGAGCACGAGACGAACGGUGACUGCCGCGACCAGACGCCGACGCCGACGCCCGAGCCGGAGCCGGAGCCGGAGCCGGAGCCGGCCGUCACGCUGCCGGCGGCCUUCUCGCGCGGCCUGGUGGACCUGGUGCGGCAGCACACGGCUGCCAGUCACCAGGCAUCACAGACCGCCGUCCAAGCGGUGCUGACCGCGCUCAGGGACGUCGCGCCCGCGGUCAAGCCGGUGGCGGAGCUGGCGCUGCAGCAGCUGAGCUGCGCUGAGCGUGACGCGGCGGCGCUGCUGGACUCUCCGGACGGCCGCCGGCUGCGACUGGUACUGGACGAGAUGACGGCCUGUGUCAACGACCAGCAGCAGCGCAGCUGGCGCCUGCACGACGACGAGCCGGCCAUCAUCGAGUACCUGCAGGAGCUGGGCACCAUCCUGACGGACGCCGAUCCGGCGGUGUCGCGGGGUGUGCUGGAGGCGGACCAGAUGGCGGCCGUGCUCUCGCUGGCGCAGCUGUUCCAGAUGGAGCCGCGCUGGAUCAUCCGACGGCCGCUGACGCACGCGCUCGGCCUCUGCUGCGGCCUGCACCGGCAGGCCGUCAGCCUGCUGCUCAGCUCUGUGCUGCCCUCCGAGCUGGCCAGGGACAUGCAGAGUUCUGUGACGGACGACAUCCGCCUCAGCCACUCGGCGCUGCUGCUCGCCAUGAUCCUCUCCAUGGGGGAGAAACUGCCGCACUGUCACACCGAGAUGCUGGGCAUCGAGUUCGUGACGUUUCUGCUCUCCACGCUGGAACAGCCGCCGGCCGACGUCUCCGACGACACGGUCGACCUCCUGCUCACCGACCUGCUGGCGCUCAACCUGCAGUACGAGCUGCCGGCCGACAAUCAGCUGCUGCUGGCGCUGCGGCAGCGCAGCAACGCGCGCGUCUUCACCGAGAAGGUCAUGCUGCUCUUCAACCGCGAGGAGGACCCGGUGCGCGUGUUCGACCACGAGCCGGCGCCGGCGCACUCGGUGGUCAAGCUGAUGGUGGACCUGUUCUCCGAGCCGGCCACCAGCCAGCUCUUCUACACCAACGACGUGCGCGUGCUGCUGGACAUCGUGGCGCGAAAUCUGGCCGAUCUGUCGCCGGGAGACGCGCGGCGGCACGAGUACCUGCGCCUGUGCGAGCGGCUGCUCUCGUCGGCCGGCUACGCCGAGCACAGACACCGGGCGGCCGACCUGCACCGCUGCCUGCGCCGCAUCGCCGCAGAGGACGAGCUCGAGGGAGACCCCACGCAGCCGCGCGACCGCCAGCUGGCCGCCACCGCGCUGGCGCUCCACGCGGAUCUGUUCCAGACGACCUGACCUGACCUGACCUGACCCGGCCAUCGCUGGCUGCCACUGCGCUGGCACUGCGCGCGGACCUGUCCCAGGCAACAUGACCUGACCUGACCUGACCUGACCGCCGCUGGCCGCCACCGCGCUGGCUCUGCACGCGGAUCUGUUCCAGACGACCUGACCUGACCUGACGGGUGAUGACCUGACAUAACCUGAAUCAAACAAACCAACGUCUGGGAUCGAACGUCAGCCGUCCGCUGGCGCGGCGCACGGAAGGUGUGAUGUGUGAGCCAUGGUGACGAGGAUAUGCCCCAGCCACAUGCAAGGCGACGCCCGGGCCUGAAGCGCUAGAACAAUGGUGUUGGCAGCGUUACAGACGUGGUCGUGCCACUCUGCGAUAGGGUAGCGUAAGUACGUGAGGAGGCAGCAUCUGUGUAGGUAGGACAGGUUUGCCGACGCGUAGGCUGUGGCUCCAGCGAUAUAACUGAGCAGUCUAAAUGAGUCGAGGCUAGGCAGGAUAUUACGUAAUGCGCUUCGCUUGUACCGCUGCAUGAGCUGCAAUAGGGCCGCAGUGAUGAAUAUCUUUGGGUCUUACGUCGUGGUCCAGGACGUGCUAUGACGGCCUGCGCGCUCACGGCAGCGUCUCGCUGCAAGCGCCUUGUCCGCGGACUGCCGGGCAGAGCCCGCGCGCCCUCUGCAGCGGCCGCUUGUCCGCCAGGGGCGCCAAUGAGCCGGCGCCCCCGCUCUAGUCUUGUGCAUCUCACUAGUGCUGUAUCGCCUGCGAGCUUUGUUCGCCGUCGCCGUGUUCGCGCGUUUACUUGGGAUAUGUGCAGCUGAUGUAGUCAUUCGACGUUCAGGUUUGAUGUCCAUCUUGGGGUGCACGCAACUGAAUGAGCUUCAAGCAGCGCGUGUGGCAAUUAAGACUGUUUAUGGUCUUGGCCUGCCUGCAGCCGGACCUCCGCUCCGCCCGUGGAGUGGGUCGGUCUGCCUGCUGACGAGGCCACUGCCCGCUGCCGCCGCGCCGCCGGCUCCCGUGUGGCGAGUCCCCCCGGCGCCGUACGCUGUGGACCCCGGCCACAUGGCCCUGCCCAGCCAGGAGCCUCGGACUCCCGCGGGGUUGAUGUUGCUCCUGUCGCGGCCGCUGUGGACGCCGCAUUUUCCAGUGGUGGUCGGUUGUGCGCUGUUGCUUCGAGCCAGCGGUCCUCGGCCUCGCGCCGCAAAUACACGCAU